UUUCUUGUUUUCCAGGCUAAAACCCCCAAAAUAUUCUGUUCACACUGAUAUCAAACAGAAAUAUUGAAAAUCAUAUUUUAGAAGUUGUUGUGUGUUCAAUUUAAAAAAUAAAAUCAUCAGUGGGCCUUGGGAAUAUUAAAAUUGUAAGUUUCAAAGGAAUAUUUGUAAUUUUUGUUGGACUUCUUUUCACAUAGAGAUUACAAAACUUAAAGGGGCUAUAUGUGAGUUUUUUUUAGAACUCGUACCGGUUAAUUCCUGGGGUUGUGGGUGUCGCCAUGCAGUCCUAUUCUGAAACACUGAUGUUUUUACCACAAUUUGUAGGCUGCUCGUUUGCGGUAAAGAAUCCUAACAGACGUUUCACCUGUCUUUACAGAGUCUGUGCCUCCAUUUUGGGUUUUUGUUUCCCCGAGACAAAGCCGACGGAGAAAGAGGGAGCAGCUUUCGAAGAGGCUGCUGAUGAGCGUAAAAGAAUGAUAGAGGGAGUGACAGCAGAAAGGAAGGAGGAGUGAGAAACACGUUGGCAUCCAGACAGGUAACAAACAGGUGCGGUGAUGGCGGCGUGGCUGGGCCGGGUGUCUCUGGGCGACGCCUGGUAUAACAUGUACACCCGCCUGCUGCGAACUAAACCCGUGGGCUCCAUGGGCCACGCAGCCGACGACCUCACCGAGCUGGCGGACGGCUCGCCGGUCGGCCUGGCCAAGGUGCUGACCACCGUGGACCUGGUGUCGCUCGGGGUGGGCAGCUGCGUCGGCACGGGGAUGUAUGUGGUCGCCGGGCUGGUCGCCAAGGCGAUGGCCGGACCAGGAGUCAUCCUGUCGUUUGUUAUCGCAGCGGUGGCCUCCAUACUGUCAGGUGUGUGCUACGCAGAGUUUGGUGUCCGCGUCCCCAAAACCACCGGCUCGGCGUACACCUACAGCUACGUGACGGUCGGAGAGUUUGUGGCGUUCUUCAUUGGCUGGAACUUGAUCCUGGAGUAUCUGAUCGGCACGGCGGCGGGGGCCUCGGCUCUCAGCAGCAUGUUCGACUCUCUGGCCAAUCACAGCAUCAGUAACUACAUGAUAACACACCUGGGCACGCUCAGAGGACUCGGUAAAGGUGAGGACACGUACCCGGACCUGCUGGCCCUCUUCAUCGCCCUGCUGGUGACGGCGGUCGUCGCUCUCGGCGUGCGCAACUCCGUGGGCUUCAACAACGUCCUCAACGUGGUCAACCUGGUGGUGUGGGUCUUCAUGGUCAUCGCCGGACUCUUCUUCCUCUCCGCCAGCAACUGGGAGGGCGGCAGGUUCCUGCCCUACGGCUGGUCAGGGGUGAUGCAGGGUGCGGCAACCUGCUUCUACGCCUUCAUUGGCUUCGACAUCAUCGCAACCACAGGAGAGGAGGCGAAGAACCCAAACACCUCCAUCCCGUACGCCAUCACCGCCUCGCUGGUCACCUGCCUCACCGCCUACGUGUCGGUGAGUGUGAUCCUGACUCUCAUGGUUCCCUGCGACCUGAUCGACGGCUCGGCUCCCCUCAUGGAGAUGUUCGCGGUGCACGGCUUCCUGUGGGGGAAGUACAUCGUGGCUGUGGGCUCCAUAGCCGGGCUCACCGUCUCCCUGCUGGGCUCUUUGUUCCCCUUGCCCAGGGUCAUCUACGCCAUGUCCCGGGACGGACUGCUGUUCAGGUUCCUGUCACACGUGUCUGCGCUCACACACACUCCCGCGGCGGCCUGCGUGGUGUCGGGGAGCUUCGCCGCCCUCCUCGCUCUGCUGGUGAGCCUCAGGGACCUGAUCGAGAUGAUGUCCAUCGGCACGCUGCUGGCCUACACGCUGGUCAGCGUGUGUGUGCUCUUACUGCGCUACCAGCCCGACGAACACGCCGACUCGCAUCAGUUCGACUGCGAGGAGGACGUAGACGGCCUGAAGCGCCAGGACGACGGGGCCGCGCCCACAAAAGAUGACCAGAUGCUGAUCGAUGGCUCAGGCGGUGGCGGUUCUUCGUCCUACCACGCUGGCGGCACUGAAGGAGAGGGAGACGAUUCUGACUUCCACACGGGCCACGCCUCAUUGUUGAAAAGGCUUCUGGGAGGUCAUUACUACACCCUGCGGCUGCGGCUGGGAAUGCCUGACGCGUCGGCCCGGCCCACCCCCGCCACCGGCCGCAUAGUGACCCGAUGCACCCUCCUCCUCUUCCUCACGUCCUUCCUCCUGUGGUCCACCGUGAUAUUUGGCGUUGAGCAGGGAACAGGGGUCGGGGCGGUGUUUUCGGGGCUGAUGGCCACAGCGAUGGCGUGUUCCAUGGCAAAGCUUGUGAUUCUGAUUAUACAGCAGCCGGAGAGCAGCCGGCGCCUGCCCUACAUGGCGCCCUGUGUGCCCUUUGUCCCCGCAGCGGCCAUAUUGGUCAACAGCUACCUCAUGCUCAAACUGUCUGCACUCACCUGGGCCAGGUUCACCAUCUGGUGCCUCAUAGGUCUGCUGAUCUACGGUUGUUACGGAGUGUGGCACAGCACGCUGGAGCUGAACGCCCGCGAGCAGCAGGCGCACGCCAGCUCCUACCAGCGCUACGACGACCACCUGGACGACACCUUCAACCCUGACGACGGCGGCGGCGGCGAUGGCGUUUGCCCCCGGGAACAAGACGAGAGGCCCUACCAGGGCUGGUCUGCCCCGGAGGAGAGGGGGAACCAGCAGCAGCAGGAGCGUGAGGACCAAGAGGGGGAGCAGUACGAGUACGACACCAGUGCUGAGCAGUGUGGAUACCAGUCUGCACCCGGGGGCCGGCUCACAGGCCGAGGGGGCCGGUCCGGGGGAAGGACCAAUCAGGGCUUUGAUGCAGGCGAAGAGGACGACUGAAACGAAGGUUUCCUAUUUUUUUUGACUUCACGCUGAGCUGAACGUGUAAAAAAAGAAUGAAUAAAACAUUGAAUUAAUAAUCUUCCAGUGGUUUUCAGCUGGUAGGUUUCAGCAGACGGUUGUUGUGAUUGUUCGUG